CUUACACUACCAAAUUCCUUUUUCAGUGUAUUCUUCUCCUCUAUCUUUCUCCAUGAUAAAGUUGAGCUAGACCCAAGAAAAAAAAAAAAAAACAAAACAAAACUUUGGCUUCCUCUUUCUGAAGAUCCUGUUUUUCUUCAGUCUACAUGGAAAGUAUACGGAGGCAAGCGAGCAAGCUCAGAGAGCAAGUUGCCAAGCAACAGCAGGCUAGGGAUGAUUUUGUUAAAAUGACAUAAAAGAAUAGAUGUGACCGACUUGACUAGUCUGUUGAGAAUCUAUUACCAGCCCCAAAAUUUUGGCGAUGAGGAUGUUGUUAUAGGAAUGAUUCUCUAAUCUCACAAAUGUGAGACCUCUUCGGAAUGCUUAUAUGUAGAAUAGUAGUAUGCUGCACUGCAUUCUGCUCAAUAGAUCAGUAGAAUGCUGAUAUUGCUAGUAGUAGUUAAGACUAAAGACACUUUGCAAAAGCAUCUUUGGUGUCUAUGCAUCUCCCCAGAUGUCAUGUCAAAUAUGUCAGUGUGCUUCUUUAUACCUGUUUAUGUGUAAACUGAUUAGGAGUGGUUUUUCUCGUACGUGUAUCCCAAGUAUAUUGUGUCCUGGUUUCUGAAAAAUGAUUGUAUCCACAUGGUAUGUGAUGCCUGAUAUCGCUGUCACAUACUCGGAUUCCAAUGAUCAUUAUGUUGCAGGCAGUGUUGAGACACUUGGGACAUUUUGGUCAUGAAGUACUCAUGGUUGAUGACGCUGAACUUCAAUGUCAGCAACAACUUCAAAAUCUAUACAAUUCUACAAGAGUAGCUAAGCAUUUUCAGCGGCAUAUUGUUCAUGGAAUUGAAGCCUUUGUUUCUAUAAGUUCAAAGCAAAUGGAGAUAGUAAGGAAGUUGGCUCAAGAUUGUUGUAAAUAUGGAGGUGAUAAUCAAAGCACCAAUUCUCCUCUUGCAAGAGCUGCUCUUCACUUUGGUACCUCACAUUCUUCAAUGGAGGAGGAGAGGGAGACUUUGCUUGGGGUCCUUCUUGAUCAGGUUUCUGAGCCAUUGCGGGCACAAAUAACUGGAGCUCCUUUGGAAGAUGCUCGCCACUUGACACAUCGUUAUGACAAAUUGCGCCAGGAGGUUGAAGCCCAGGCAGGUGAAGUAUUGAGGCGCCAAUUGAAGUCCAAGGAAUCCUCUAUUUCUGCUGAGAGUUCAAUGAGGCUUCAAACGGCGGAUGCAAGACUAAGUGAGCUAAAAUCUACAAUGAUGGCACUUGGGAAAGAAGCAACUUCUGCCAUGUUAUCAGUUGAGAGUGAGCAGCAACAAAAAACUUUCCAGAAGCUUCUUACUAUGGUAGAUGCUGAGAAAACCUAUCAUCAAAAGGUUCUUGAUAUUUUAGACAAGCUACAUGCUGAGAUGAUACUGGAGAAGCAACCGAAAGAGUCUUCCUUGCAUUCAGGGAGAAUGAAGGGAGAUGUGUAUAAUCAGCAGGUGCAUGAAAAUAUUAAUUCAAAUGUAUCUGAUGAUCAUGGACAUAUUAAUCAAAAUGAAGAGUACUUCAUUGCAAAGGCAGUACAUUCAUUUGAUGCUCAAUCAGAAGGGGAGUUAAGCCUAUCAGUUGAUGAUUAUGUUGUGGUUCGUCAGGUGGCUGCUAAUGGAUGGUCUGAAGGAGAAUACAAUGGGAAGGCUGGAUGGUUUCCCUCUGCUUAUGUAGAAAGGCAAGAGAAAGCACCAGCAAGCAAGUUAUUAGAAGAAAGCUCGAAAACCUGAUCACAAGGUUGUCCUUGUCCUUGAUUAAAAGCUGUACAUUCCUUUCUUCUGUAUUAUAGUUAGUUCCUCUUGGAUGCAAAACUUAUACACAACUUUUGCAAGCUUCAAGCAUUGUGCUGCUUGCACGUGCUGAUAGGGGUCUAAAUUUGUAAAUUUUAAUCUAAAAAAAAGGGUCGUAUUUAGUAUAAAAAAUCCCACUUUUGUGGGGUUAUUUAGAAAAAUUAAGUAUGUGGAUACGCAAUAAAUCUGGUUUCCACUGCAUCUAGCUUUAUGAUUUCUGCAUUUCUUUUUUAGAAACAGUGAUCAGAAAGUUGUCCUUACUGAAUUCUGAUUAAAGUUGUAUAGUCCACUCUCUGUAUUAUAGUUCUAUUAAUAGUUCUGUUUGCAAAAUUCUGUAAAAAGGACCUAUAUUUUUAAAAUCGAUUUGUUGUUCUAACUA